ACAGUAGUUUGUUUGAUUCUCAGCAAUUCUCGUCAUUCUCGGCGCAACAACUAAACACAGGAAAACACAAUUAUAGUGAUAAACAGCAGCGAUAUAAAUGCUUAUCACGCUUCACUUCUGACAAGAGGGGUGUGAGUGGCACACGUGCACUAUUAAAUUCUUUCAUGUCUUCAAUUCGAUACGUCAACAUGACAAAUCUUCGUUAUUGCAUAAUCAAGAAGCUGUUUAUUAUCUUUAUAUCGACACUCGUCGUUCAUAUUCACACGACAAACUGUCUAGUUGCUAAAUUAUCGUGCAAGGAAAACGAAGUAGAGCCAUUUAUUAAAAGAUUGGUUCAUAAUGCAACCGUACAACUUCCAAAUCCUCUUCCACUUCAAGAUUAUACGAAUUUCAUCCAGUUAAAUGAUGGUAAUGCCUGGGGCCUUUCGACUUUAACACCCCAAAAUAGCUGCUCCAUAAUCUGUAAAGAUAGAGAAGUUAUUAUAGCGGCCCAUUUGAAAGUCGAAGAAUUGAAAGGAAGUUAUAAAUGGCAGAGAAGAAUGAUGACAAGGAAAUUAGACGGAACGGUUAAUUUUAAAGCAGACGAAUUCAUGGUUUUCAUCGAAAUUAAGCAAUUAAGGCAAGAACAUUUACUACCGGAAUUGGCAUCGUGUACGGUGACUAAAAUGAGGAACGUUGAAGUAUAUUUAACUGGUGAAAAUUUCAUAACUUGGCCAAAGGAAAAAAUAACAGGCCCUGCCAUAAAUGCCUUCAAGCAAACCGUUCACGAUACCAUCAAGCAUACUUUCAGUGAAGCUCUACGUAAUCAAUUAAGUGGUGUCGUCUUCUCUCUUCAGAAUUAAAUAAGACAUUUUGAUUAAUUUGACUUUAAAUUUCUUAUAUAUAUAUAUUGUACAAAAAUAUAUGUAGACAUAAGACUGUAUUUUCGUUUAAAUCGGUUAAAAAUACAAUUGUUGACGCUUGGAAUACAUAAUUUUUUGUAAGUAACGAAGAGUUUGUUUAUGUAUUCUAAUUAUUAAAUAUUAGAAUCUCUUUAUGAAAUAAUUUCUAGAGAAAUUUUUGUCUUUAUUUUUUCUGUUUUUACUGUCAUAAAAUAUUUCUACAACUGUGUCAUAUCUCGAGUCUGAUGGAUUAUAAAUGCCAAUUUCGUAUCAAUUACAGUUUCAAUAAAAAUGUAACCGUUAUUAAAUGUUGUAAUUGUAAUUUAGACAUACGCAUCUAUUAAUACAUACACUACACACGAAAACAGUCUUUUUUUAAAUGUAUAAAUCGUCAGCCAUUUUUUAAAAGAAAUUGAUGCAAAUUUACUAUAGAAUUACAAGGAAUUCCGACCUAAAUUUUGAAUG